CGAUCGCCGGCGAGAGCCUCGUUUUUAGCGGGAACCAAGUAGGAGUUUGCAUCAACAGGAGGUGGAGAACGAUGCGGAACCGCAGUCGCACAUUGACCAGCCAACCUGGCGGACAUAACUCAGUCAUUAAUCCUGUCUUUAUAGUCAAGGUAAACCAAAAACACCAUCCACGGUUCUGGUUAUCAAAUAUUUGUGUUAAGGAUUUUAAACAAUAGUGAACGAAAAUACGUAAAGUCAUGCAACGUCCGCGUCGUGCAGUCGAUAAACUGAUUGGUCAGUUGAUCUUGAAGCUUGUGAGAUACAAAAUAUUGGAUGAUAAUCUCUGAUAAGUCAACGAGCUGUCGUUAGGAGUGACCGAGGACAAGAACAAAAAGAAGAAGAAGAAGAAGAGGAAGAAGAAGGAAAAGAGGAAAAAAUAGUAAAUCACGAAUCAUUAGUUGAUCAUAGUAAAAUAACCGGUAUAAACGCUGUAACCACGUGAAAAACAUAUCUCAUCUCAUACAAACUAAUUGUUUAAUCGACUGACAUGCCAACACGGACAUUUAACUUUACAGUGCAUAUUUAAAUCAACUUGUUACGAUAAACGCGUUAAAUAUCCGUUAAAUAUUUAAAUCACAUGGAUUUUUUUCACAUCAGUAUUUACUUUAUUUAAAGUAAUUUGUAUUUUUUAAGUAGUUCUGUUGAAAAUUUUUAAAAAUAAAUUGUGUUUAUGAUGAUUGUCAAAGACAACAUGUGGAGACAGAGACGACUGACGGUACCAAAGAGGACUAGCGAACUGGUUGCCCUGGUUGCUCUAUCCAGUACAUUGUUCCUCUUCCUUCACACACGAGAUCUGCAUUCUCGCCUACGUGAGAUGGAAGUGCGAUUACAGCCCGGCGAGAACGAGAUCUCAGGAAACCCACCGUCAUCAGAUGAAGAAAUUCAAUCAACAACAGGGACGCAGUCUCUUCAAAGCUCGAGAUAUUCUACCGUUAAACUGUACGAUCAUCUCGAACCAUUGGAUUUAAAUGCACUAAAUAAUACGAAACGAGCUGACAAACACGUUCUCUUCUUCAAUCGCGUACCAAAAGUUGGAUCCCAAACGUUCAUGCAACUGCUAAGAAGACUUUCCGUGAGAAAUAACUUUGCAUUCAACAGAGAUCAAGUGCAACGCGUCGAAACUAUAAGACUUGCACCUUAUGAGCAGCGCCAGCUUGUAAGACUCGUUAACAGCUACAACGAACCAUCCGUCUACGUGAAACACGUUUGCUUCACAAACUUUACUGAGUUCAAUCUUCCUCAGCCAAUUUAUAUGAAUGUUGUUAGGGAUCCGGUUGAACGAGUAAUAUCUUGGUAUUACUACGUACGCGCGCCUUGGUACUACGUCGAGAGAAAACAAAUAUUUCCAGAUUUGCCGCUUCCUGAUCCUGAAUGGCUGAAGAAAGACUUUGAAAGCUGUGUCUUGAAUGGAGAUCGCGAAUGCCGGUAUAUUGAAGGGGAGUAUCAUGAAGGCAUAGGCGAUCACAGAAGACAAACUUUAUUUUUUUGUGGUCACAGUGAAAAGUGCAUGCCAUUUAACACGGCUGGUGCAUUAGAAAGAGCCAAGUUGUCAGUAGAAAAACAUUAUGCUGUCGUCGGAGUACUGGAAGACGUUAAUACGACUCUCACUGUCCUUGAAAAUUACAUUCCUCAGUUUUUCGAGGGUGCGACUGAACUUUAUUGGGAUGAAAUGAAUUCAUUUAAAAAAAUUAAUCGGAAUUCAUUCAAACCUCCAGUAAGUGAAGAAAUAAAAGAAAUGGUAAGAAAAAACUUCACAAGAGAGAUUGAAUUUUAUCAAUUUUGCAGACAACGAUUACACAGACAGUUAAGAGCUUUGAAAUUAUCUACAACCAAUGACGCUAAUAGCUUGUAAAUAUUUUUACAAUACAUAUAUAUAUAGAUAUAUAUGUAAAUAUAUACUGUAAAAAAUCGGGAGUGGGUACGGAUUUUAUUCGAAUUCGAAUUCACUUCGUGGCUUAGAAUUUCGAAGUUAAAAAAAAUAACUUCGCAUAAGGAGUUAAUAGGGAGUUAAUUUUUUGAGCUGAGUGAUUUCGGAGUGAUCUAGAUUUAAUUGCAAUCCGCAUUUACUCCGAACUGGAAUUUUAGUAUUGAGGUAAACUCCGCUUCGAAGUGAAUUUUACUUCAAGGAGAUUAAAUAAAUGCAGAAUCAUCCGCGCCUCAUUCACUCUGUCCCUCGCACUUUAAAAAUGAAUUACUCUGCAUACGGAGUAAAUAAGGAGUAUGUUUUUUAACGAAGUGAUCUGGAUUUUAUUUAAAUCCGCAUUUAUUCUGAACCGGAGUUUUAAUAUUAAAAUAAACUCCCCUUCGGAGUCACUUUCACUCCAAGGGAAUCAAAUAAAUAAACAGUAAUUCGCUCCGCAUUCACUCUGGAUUUAAUCCACGUUUACUCCGCAAAUUUUUUGCAGUGUAUAUAUAAAUAUAUAUAGAGAGAGACAAAGAAAGAGCGAGAAUUUUAAUCGCAAUUCAAAAAGUUGAUAACAAAAAAUUAUGAAAUAAAUUGAUAUUUGUUUGUCCAUGUGAUAUAUAUAAAGACUAUUUUUUUAGAUUAAUAUAUUAUCAAUUUAUAUAAUUAUCAUCAACAAAUAAGAUAUUUAAUGAAUAAAUGAUAAAGUGUAUUAUUAAUUAUCUGUUUACUCUAAAUAUUAAUUAAUCAAUAAACGCAUAACUCAAUAAAAGUCACGAGAGUGAACUUUACAAUUUAUGAAAAUUUUUUAUCAUCACCACAAUUAUAUAAUAGAAUGUAAAAAAAUUUCCUUGCCGUCUGCCCGUGAGUUACAUAUUCAUUAUUUUUUUAACAUUUACUACCAUCUCGCCAGCUGUUCAGCACAAAACAAAUUUGUAAACAAUAUUUUUUGAGACAUUCGACCUUGGCAAGAAAAUUUUUCAUAUAUAUUUAUACUUGUAGUGAUAAAUAUUCAAAGUACUAUGGAAUUUUUAUAUUUAAUUACUGUCGUCAUGACGUAUCAGAAAUUAUCUGGUCAAACAAAAAAAAAUAUAAAAUUUCUGAAAAAAAAAUGAUUUAUUUUCACUGAAUUUAUUAAUCGAUAAACGUACGACAAUUACAGAUAUUACAAUUGUACAUUACAGUUAAUAUGCGCUCUGAUUACCAAUUCAUUUUUUAUCAGUCUCGUGAUAUCUACUUUAAUUAUUACAUAUAUUAUUUUCAUCAAAAAGAUUCAUUCAGCCAAUAUAUUAUAUAUAUAUUUAUACAAUUUUAAAUACAUAUAAACAUACAUUUACAAUAAUAAUAUUUUAAAUUUAAGAGAGGAAAGGGGUCUGAGACAAAAAAGAGGAUAUUUUGUGAUUUUAUUUUCAGAGUAUCUUCGUUAUUAAAAUUCUUAAAAUUUGUGACAUUAUCAAGCAUCAUUCCAAGAAUUUUCUGCUAAAUUUUCAUGAAAAAAUAUUGAAAAAUAAGCCAGUAGUAGUGGGGAGAGACGAGUCACUUAAAAAAAAGCCUUCAUGCGAUAGGCAGGAUAACUCAUGACCGCUACAUCUAAAACUAAAAAACCAAAAAGAUUUCUUUAGUACAUAAGUUUAUCUUGGAUUUGAACGAAGGAAUAAACAAAAUAUUAAUUUUUGAAUUUUUGGUAAAGGUGCAAUCGAAAGAUUCUGAUUUUUACCAAAAAUUGCUCCUUUUGUUUAAUUACAAAAUAAGUAGUAAUUGAAAAAAAAAAUCCUUCGUUCAAAUCCAAGAUGAACUUAUGUACUAAAGAAAUCUUUUUGGUUUUUGAAUUUCAAAUGAAGCAGUCAUGAGUUAUCCAGCCUCCUGCAUGGAGACUUUUUUUUUAAAGCGACUCGUCUCUCCCGUUUACCACGGGCUUAUUUUUCAAUACUUUUGUAUGAAAAUUUAGCAGAAUAUUCUUGAAAUGAUGCGUAACAAUGUUACAAAUAUUAAGAAUUUUAAUAAAGAAGCCCUGAUUAAAAACUCUGAUUGAAACCAAUGAAUUCCGAUUGAAAGUCUAUCGGA